CUUAACCGGGCGCCCCAGUACGGGAUUCCCUUCUACCUGCAGUACCUGGCGCACUGGCCCGAGUACUUCAUCGUGGCCGAGGCACCCGGCGGGGAGCUGAUGGGUUACAUCAUGGGUAAAGCGGAGGGCUCGGUGGCCAGGGAAGAGUGGCAUGGACACGUUACUGCUCUCUCUGUUGCACCAGAAUUUCGACGGCUGGGCUUGGCUGCUAAAUUGAUGGAACUACUCGAAGAAAUUUCAGAAAA